CGGAAGUGACGAUUUGGAAGCAGACAGUCUCCCGCAAUGGUUGUGCCCUCAAACACAUGUAAUUGAUGAAAGCGGAGAGGAGCAUGCGGCUGCUACGUUUGUGCUCAAUCACCUCAGCUCGCCAUAUGAGUGAAGCAGCAGCACGACACGGCGCCGGGCACCAGCUGCUAAUGGUUGUUGGCUUGGGGAAUUACGGAAUGUCCGGCACUAGACACAAUGUGGGAAUGGAUGCCCUGAACCUCUUAGCUCGGAGACUGAACAUUGCUGAACUGUGGAAAAAAGACAAGCAGUGUGGAGCAGACAUCAUACAAAGCGGUAUUGGUCAGGCGCGCUUGGUUCUGCUAAAACCACGCCAUUUCAUGAACAUCAAUGGGAAGAGUGUGGGCAGCGCAGCUGGAAGGUUUUGUGUGAUACCUGAGAACAUCUGUCUCUUGCAUGAUGACCUGGACAAGCCGCUUGGGAAGUUGUCCUUGAAGUUUGGUGGAAGUGCCAGGGGUCACAACGGUGUUCGUUCGUGCAUAGACAGUCUACAAUCAGAUAGCAUGGCGAGACUGAGGAUUGGCAUAGGACGCCCAGCUGACAAUACUUCAGUGGAGAGAUAUGUACUUGGGCGGUUUACUAGGAAUGAACAAGAGCUUCUUACAGCGAUUUUGGAGCGAUCUGUAGACAUGGUGAUGGCUCACAUCAUGCAGAGGUGUGCAAUUGCUCCUUCAGGAAACUUAAUAAUAUCAAAGAAAGAAAGAAAUGAACCCAGCAAAGCAUGAUUAAACCAAAACGUGUCUGUGUGCCAGUGAUUGGUGCAAAGAGAGGCACAGAGACGGUUUUAUAAGCAGACUGUUGCAAUACACAGCAAAUUACAUCUAAUGCUUCCUCCAUAGAGGUCUCAGAGUAUGAACGGGAUCGCAUUCUCGCAAAGCUAAUGAGAAUACCUCACAUUGCUGACAACGUUUCUUUUGUCACUUUCAAUAUUUUGUUAAUUCAUAAAGUAUUAAUAAAUAAAUGGUUUAAUGCGAUA